GGGACGAACCGGAAUGGAGGGCGGAGGGUGGAGGGGGAAUCGAUAUAAGGCCACAAGGCCGAUAUUUCAAGGACACAAGGCCACGAACCAACAUGCGCACAUGGUAUCUAUGGGCAGCCGAGGGGCCGCCAAGAUUUCGCCCUCCAACCUCAAAAAUUCACGACUGCCAGGCUCUUUCAUAGAAACAGUCUACAUUUCGAAACGCUGAGGGAUACCUUUGCGUUUAUACCACGAAACCACCGAAAACAGAGUCACCCUAAGCGUUGACUCAAUAUGCCUUACCACGAUUACAUCGACCGCUGGCGAAAGCGCCACGGACGCAGGCUCGAUCAUGAAGAGCGGACACGGAAGCGAACAGCCCGUGAGGCGCAUAAGGCAUCCUAUGAAGCG